AAUUUCCUGGUCACCCGAUACCUGUUUACGUGUAAGUCUGUUACCGAGGUGUCGCCUUAUUGGUUCGAGACACAGACUGUUAUUGUCAUCAGGCACGUGCUUCUCGCACACCUGUCUUCAGGUAGCAGUGUGGUGUGAGCCGUGGUCAUUUUGAGAUAUUUACCUACCCCUAAUAGGUGCUGUGACCUGUGGUCGGUUUGACAUAACGUUUACCAACCCAGUGCGUUCGAGUGUAUGUAAACUUACUGGAGUUAGGUCCGGAUGGUUUGCACUAGGACUAGAUCAAGGACGGGAACUUGCAUGUCAGAGCCGUUUGUGCUGGAGUUCUAGAGUAUUGACAGUGUGGCGAAUAGUGGACAGACCAUGCCUGCUAUACACUACCGGAAACGGAACGAGGAUGAGGAUGAGUUCAGUCUAAGAGGAUUGCCAGCAUUGCCCAAAGAUGCCGACCCACCAGCACUGCCGUCCCAACCCCCGAGGAACGUAGAGAAACUACCACCCAGAAUGCGGCCUAAAAACAUGCAAAAUGGGCCCAAAUUUAUCCCAGAAAAGGAAAUCACGAUUCCAAGCGAUGGGAACAUAUCUGGAUUUUCCGUUGAAGACAUGACGACAUUUUUAAAACACAUGGGACUAUCAGACAGAGUAGUAAAUCAUUUAAACAAAAAAUCAGUGAGUGGAAAGAGAUUCUCAAAGUUCACAGAUUCGGAACUAGAAACAAUUGGCAUCAACAAUCCUAUAUUAAGACAUUUUCGCGACAAAAGUGCUGUUUCCAGUUCUAAGAAACGAUUGCCUUUUAUGUUGUAAAACUGUUUAUACUUUCCACACAUUUACAUAACAGAAGUGUUGCCGAAAUUUCGAAGGAAAUCGCUCGUCGGUGCUGUGGGAUGUUUAAUAUUGACCAUGUUCAUCCAAACACAAAGAAAACCUCAGACAGUGCCUAACAUUGAGAGAGCCAGUGAUAUUGGUGUUGUACUACACAGUAAUACUCCAGGGAUAGCGAAGCCAUGUUCCAAAACCACAGGAUGCCAGUUUUUAUUUCUCCCUGUACAUUGUUCAUGAAUGAUCAUGCCUGAACACAAGACUUUAUAUUUAGUCUGUGAUCAGACUGUGUAAACACUUAUCAUUAUACAAUGAUCGUGAUUGACACAAAUCCAUGACAGUGUUUGAUUGUUCCAUUACGGGAUAGAUACAUGUACAUGUUUAUAUGCAUGACAAAGCAUAUCGCUAUUCAAUUACCUGAUGUUUGUAUAUCUAUAUAUACAUGCCGAUUCCAUAAACGGAAGCUCACAUUAAUGAUUAUACUAUAUAUAUAUAUAUAUAUUUAAUAUACCUCUUCAUUGUUCACGCUAUGUCAAAGUUAAAUGAAUAUAUAUUUCCUCUGACACAAAGCUCUUCAGUGAGUUGGUCCACUAUCAACCGUGUGUUAGUCCGAAAACUAAAACACCUUUACAUACUAACUCCCUCAACAGUUUUUAGACUCAGUUAAUUGACAUUAUCCAUAACUUCCUCACAGACAUCUCCGAGUCUCCGAGUCCGUAAUAUUUUCGUGUUAAAAGGUCAUUUACUUCAAAUUAUUGUGAUUAUUUGUUCGAUAUUCCCAUUCAAUUUUCCGUAUUGUUGCGGAACUUGUCUGUCUUUCAUGUCACAUAUUUUGUAUUGUAUAUAUAAUUGGGUUUGUAUGUUCUUUAUUCUUAUCUAAUGAUUCGUUAUUGCUUUGGAAAAGUUAUACUUAAUCUUGUUAUUCUUGUUCAUGUAACAUGGCAAGAAAGACAAACAUGAUAAUUUAUAAUAAGAAUGACAAGUUAAAUAUUAAAGAAUAAUGAAUCAUUAAAUAAGAAUGUCAUAUACAUGUAUAUAAUAGUGAUAUCAAACAUACAAUGAAAUUAACGAAAUAUUCAAUAAUUUGUUUAACAAUUAAGUGAAUAAAACACAAAACUACUUAAAACAAGCAUACAGCAGUAACAUAAUAGAUUAAUAAUUAAGCCAAGUUUGACAUGCCAAAGCUACGGUUCACAUAUAUCUUUACUUGCACCUAACAUAAGUAUCUUGACUCGGGCCUUAAUGUCACAAAACUCCUCAAAAAUGUAAUAGAGAAGGAUUCUAGGACUUUCUAAACGUUAACCAAGAACGAACUUCAUCUGAAAGGAACAACAGCUGAUACAAUGUAAGUUAGCUCAGAGGCUUAGAGUUACUGUAUUGUGAUCGAAGGUUCUGGAUUCGAAUCCCGAUCUGGUCCAAUUUUUAAACCAUCUUUAUUAUUUGUUAUAAAAGUUCUUCAAAAUAUAAAAUUCUGUUGAAGAAAUGAUUUAUUUAGGCCGUUGUAACGCCUAUUGAGGACAACAGUAAGGCUCGGAACCUUCACAGUAGUCUGUUGUCAAGGUAAACAUGUUGUAAAGUGAGGUAUUAAAGAAGAUUGUAUUUAACUACCAUUAAAUAACGUUAACAAUUCCAAGACUAACCUCGUUCAGGUGGAAACCACGUGGUAUCGACUGACUUGACACAAUUACAUGUAAACAAUAAUCAAAUGAAUAUACACUGUUGAAUAUGCAAUAAUGAAGCCUUGAUGAGUUGUCGUUGUGAAAUGUGUGUUACGUGUCGACGUGAUGAGUGUACCAGCAUGUCUGUGAUACAAUGUACCAAAAACAUCUGAUAAGAUACAGUCUAGGUAGUGUUUAACCUGAGGAUGUGAGAUCAUGUAUAGAAUACAAUCGCGUGUUGAUGCAUCAUAAUUAAAACAUAGGUAAUGUUACCUUGCAGUGUUGUGCUAUGUAACAGGCACACUGCUAUACAAUUGGUAUGACAAUAGCUCGUGUAGUAUGUAUGGAGUGAUACGUAACGUAGACCGUGGAAUGCGAAAAUCUAUAUCCGUUUACCGACGCUAACCUGAUGAAGGCUCCUAUGCUUUAUUGAUGUUUAAGUAAGCUUGUUGAUUUAUGCAUUUUGUUCAGUUGUGACAAUCUUGUGGAUGUCAUUUUUCUGUUUUGGGUGUUGGAUAAUUGAAGGCAGACUUUUCACAAGUACGUGUCAAAUUUUAAUCAUUUGUCAAAACGCUUUAGACCAAAUAUUGUUCGUUGUACGAGAAAUAAAAUAAAUAUCAGAAUAAUAUAAGUUAUAAGCAGUUUAAUAUUUUACAAUGGCGUCUAGUUUGUUUUUCUUUGACGAUAUGGAUGAUAUAACAUGUAUAAGAAAUAAUCAAGGACAUCGAUAAUAUAUUGUAUCCAGGAGGAAAAUGUAUUUUUUAUUGUGAUGAAUUGUACAAUUAAUUAUAUCCAAAUAUUGAAUAAUAAAAAUCAAUCUU